AUGGAUCCUCAACCUUCUGAGACGAAGGAUCAAUGCCAUCUCCUGAAGAUUCCGCCGGAAGUACUCCUUCAGAUAUCUUCCUACCUCCCCACCUCAGACUAUGGAAGACUUCGUGGCGUCUGUCGGCAAAUCGAGAAAGCUCUUUUCCAGGCUUUCGCUAGAGAGUUCUUCACGAAGCGCCAAUUUAUGCUCACCGAGUUCAGCCUUCAAGCACUUGUGGAUAUUUCUAAGUCUAGAUUCGGAUCUAGUCUCACGUAUCUCAUCAUCAGUCUCGAACGGCCAAAUACCUGGACUUUUCUUCAUCACCAAGGAACCAACCUCGGGUUCCGGGACCUUGACGAGAUGCUCAAAUACAACAGGUUCUAUGAAGAAUGCAUCGGCCAUCAGACCUUAAUAAGCUCCGGACACGAUGUUGAGCUUCUUACUGAAGCUCUUCGCAACCUACCCAAGCUUCAGACAAUUAGUCUACGAGAUUUCAAUUCUCCCGGUCGAUACCGUGAUGGAGAUAAUAAUAUCUGGCGCACUUAUGGCGCCUCAACCUUCUCGGAAGUGACAAAUUCUCACGUUGAGCAGCCACGAUUCAUCCGGCCCCCCAAUGCACCCCAGGAGUUUCAUUCAAGUUAUGUCUCGCACACAUUUCUAGCCAUGCUGCGAGCUCUAGGGAAGGCGAAGGAGGUACACCAAGCCCCCGAGCUACAGGUGAUCUUACGAUCAUGUUAUCUUCCUCCGCUCGCCUUCAACAUACCCCAUUAUCUAGUGCCAACUAUCUCACCCGUCCUCAAGGAUCUCAAGGUCCUAUUUCUGGAUCUAGGGCCCAUCUCGUUUUCUAGGCUUACUAUUAACAAUGGGGGGCGAUACGAAGGGUUUACUUAUGCUGGUUAUCUUCUGGCCAAAUUCCUUUCAAUGACGCCAUCUCUGGAGCACCUGCGCCUUAAUUUCCGGAAUUGUAGCGUCACCGAAGCAAAGGGUAUCCUUCAGUGGCUUGCUCACGUUCCCAUAUCCCCCGAAAUUCCACGGACUCUUGCAUUGCCGGCAGACGAGAUAUUCGAAAUGGACGAUGUGCAAGACCUUGGCAACAUACAAGAGCGUUUCCCCAAGUUAGAAAUACCGACACUCCCGCGUCUAGAGAAGCUAGAUAUUGGCUGGGUAACCGUUGGGCUACCUCUACUCCUUAGUAUUUUCAAGAGAUACAGAUCAAGCCUGCGUUCGAUCUCUUUGCACAGGGUUACUCUUGACAGCCUGCCGCCACACCAGACCUCGGGAAAAGUCAACCUCUGGUCAAAACUCUUCAGUCAAAUCACGAAGCUUGGCCUCAAACUCGAUGCCAUACAUAUUUCUCAUGUACGGCAGAAGUAUAACUCCAGUCCCUAUUCGGUGGAAUUUAAAAGUACCAAUCAGGGCCGAGUUGAGAAUUCGCCUUGUAAAGGUUGGUCCGGAUUUGAUUUGGAACGUGCUUCACAAGAAUUCGUCGAAUCAAUGAUUAUCAAUUGGCCCGACGACGAGGAAAUGGAAGACGACGACAUGAGUUCAGAAUCAGAUGGCAAUUCAGGAUGGGAAGAUGACAUGGACGAUGAGGAUGACGUGAUCAAUUAA